GCCCGCGCACCGUCGACGACCCCCUCCUUCCCUUUUCCCUCAGCUUCUCUUGCUGCCAAGCGCUGGUCAGCUCUGCGCCUCGGAACCAAUCAUCGCGCUUCUCCGAAUCCGCGAGCCCUGGGCCUCGCUCGCUCACCUGCGACGAGCCACUCGCAACCCUCAGUGGAAGGGGCCAGCCUCCGCGCGACACGCGCUCUCCUGCCACCAUGUCCGACUAUGAGUCCGACGGCGAGGACUUCAACCCGCAGCCCGAAGUAGACGAGGACGAUGUGGCCCCAAGGAACGACCGCAUGCCUGCCAUCGACGAUGAUGAAGACGACGCGCCGGAAGAAGCUGGCGAAGAGAACGAAGAGGACGACGAGGACGAAGAGGAUGAGGAAGACGAGGAAGACGAGGUUGUGACACGCCCCAAAAAACGAAAGAAGUUGAUGCGGCGCAACCAGUUCAUCGAGGAGGAGGCCGAAGUUGACGAGGACGAAGAUGAGGAGGAGGACGAGAACGACGACUUCGCCGAUGAGGUCCACCCAGACGACUUGCUCGAGGCCACCCAGGCCGACCUCGACGAUCGCCAUCACCGCGAACUAGACAACCGGCGACAGGCGGAGCAGAACAUGGAUGCCGAGGAGGUGGCCAGGGCAAUGGACGAGAAGUAUCGCCGGCGCGAGAUGAUGAGCGCUCGUCGAUCAGCGGCAGGCACAGUACCGACAUCGCAACCCACCGUCGAUGAUCCUUCGAUUUGGGUCCUGAAAUGUCGCCCGGGCAAAGAGCGCGAGGUUAUCAUGUCAAUCAUGAAGCGAAUCGACGAGCGGCUUCGUUACGGACGCCCAUGCCACGUCUAUUCCGCUUUCGAGCGUGGAGGCUCCAUGUCAGGAUACAUCUACGUCGAGGCCGACGCAAAACAAGACAUGAUGGCUAUAGUGGACGGUGUCAUCCACCUUUUCCUGGGAACACAGCCACUCUCCAUCGAGGUAAAGGAGCGACCAGAUCUUCUACGCAAACGCAAGCGCACGACGCUAGAGCCGGGCAAGUUCGUCCGUGUCGCCCGCGGUCCUUACAAGGGUGAUCUUGCGAAGAUAUACGAAGUUAGUGAAAACGGUAUCAGUUGCACCCUGCAGAUCGUUCCGCGUCUCGACUAUGGUCUAAACGAAGAUGCGAAUGCUGCUGAUGGCGGAAAACGCAAGCGCCCGGCUUUCGGUCGUGUCACAGAUCGUCCCCCACAGAAGCUUUUCAGUGAGGCCGACGCGAAGAAGCGGCACGCGAGUAAAAUGCGGAUGAUAGGGGGAGGCAACCAAAGAACGAUCGAGUACAAGGGAGAACAAUACGUCGGCGGCUUCCUUUACAAAGAACACAAUGUCAACGCCGUUUCCGCCGAGAAUGUCAACCCGCGAAUGGAGGAGUUGCAAUGGUUUGCCACUCCGACCACCGAUGGGGCAGACGGCAUGGAUCUUCUGGCAGUCCAGGCUGCACAAAAGGCUGGACAAUCGGGCUCCAACUUUGUCGCCGGCGACAACGUGGAGGUCUACGAUGGCGAACAAAAGGGUCUCAAGGGUACCACUGUUACCUCCAAGGGCGACAUCGUAACGAUCCGCGUCACAGAAGGUGAUCUGAAAGGACGACAAAUCGAUACUCCGGUCAGGACCCUUCGUAAAUUGUUCCGUGAUGGCGACCACGUGAAGGUCAUCGGUGGGAGCAAGUACAUCGACGAAGUUGGUAUGAUCACCAAAAUUAGGGACGAUAAGAUCACCCUGCUCUGCGAUUCUACUCAGACCGAAAUCACCGUUUUCAGCAAGGACUUGAAGCGCGCCGCGGACUCGGCUACCAUUGGACCAAAUUCACAAUUCGACCUGUUCGAUCUGGUGCAGAUUGAUGCCUCGACCGUGGGUUGCGUCAUCAAGGUUGAUCGCGAAGUUUUGCGUGUUUUGGACCAGCAAAACGAGGUCCGCACCCUCUUGCAUACCCAAGUGUCAGGUAUCGUUGGGCGCAACAACAGGGCCGUUGCGACCGAUCGAGAUGGUUCCGAAAUCCGAAACGAUGACUCUGUCAAGGAGCAUGGUGGAGAAAACCGGACCGGAAAAGUCAUCUACAUUCAUCGCGGUCAACUUUUCGUGCAGAACCGGGAAUACAACGAAAAUUCUGGCGUGUUCGUGACUCGUAGCACGAACGUCGUUACGAUGGCCGCCAAAAGUGGACGCGCUCAGGUAGGUGGGCCUGACCUCAGCGGCAUCAACCCUGCCCUACAGCAACCAAAUGGCGGCCCCGGAGCCAUGGCUCCACCCCAAACGCGGACCUUUGGAAGAGACAGGAUGAUCGGCAAAACUGUGACCGUUCGAAAGGGUCCCUACAAGGGCCUGCUCGGUAUUGUCAAAGACACCAUGAAUGACGAAGCCCGCAUCGAAUUGCACACCAAGAACAAGCAAAUUUCGAUCAAGAAGGAUCUCCUCACCGUCAAAGACCCCAUCACGGGCAACAGCACCGACCUCGGCGGCAAGUUCCCGAACCGCUCGCGGGGCGGAUAUGGUGGUGCUACGCCCUACAACGGUGGCGGCGGCGGCCGCACGCCUGCCUGGGGCGGUGCGUCUCGGAACGGUCCGUCCUGGGGCGGCGCGACACCCGCUGCUGGGGGUGGUGGUGGUGGACGCACUCCAGCCUGGGGCGGAGGCGGCGGCCGGACACCCGGAUGGGGCGGCGGCGACGGCUCGCGGACAGCCUACGGCGGCGCAACUGCAUACGGCGGGGCGACUGCGUAUGGCGGGGCGACUGCGUACGGCGGGAACGACGGCUCAGGCACGUCGUACGGUGGCUUCAACUCAGGCUCCCGGACGCCGGCAUGGGGCGCGGGCGCUGCCUCCUCAUCUUCAAAGUCGACUUCGAACCUCAGCGCCCCGACGCCCGCCGCGUACUCUGCGCCUACGCCUGGCGGGUACGGAGCGUACAGUGCACCUACGCCGGGCGGACCCCCGCUGGAUGCGCCGACGCCUGGGAACUACAGCGCUCCCACGCCGGGUAACUAUUCGGCGCCUACACCGGGUGAUUACUACACUACGCCUGCUGCGGCGCCGACGCCGGGGGCUUGGGGCGGGGACGAGGAUCCGCGGUAUGAUUAGGGACGUCAAGUCCGUGCAGGGGGAGAGAUGGGAGGGGGAAUCUGUAUGAUAGAUGGGGCUUGACCCUGAACCUGGGUCAACAGUGAGGACGGGUCUGCGGUAGUCUCGUAGCGUGUGUCUGCGUUUACUUGCUGUGUUUGCAUUGCGGGCGUCACACGUCAAACUGACAUUCUGAAAACGGAGAAUCUCGAGUCGCAGCGGCAUACAUGGCUCGAUCUUGUAGGAAUUCC